AUGGCCAAUCCAUUGGAUCCGAUGACUGCCGACAAGACUUUGGCCAUCGAUGGCUCGGAAAGCGAUUGCCAGACGAGUAUUGCAAUCCAAUUGCAGACUUUGGCCAUCGAUGGCUCGGAAAGCGAUUGCCAGACGAGUAUUGCAAUCCAAUUGCAGGUCUCGUCGAAUGACAAUCAAUUGGAUCCGACCUUUAAUUCACUUCUAAUUCCCGGCUAUUUGUUGGUCAAGAAUUGUGACGAUUCCUCCACUUAUCACUUGCAACAGACAGUUAUGCAAAUCGAGGUUCAAUCGGAUCCGCACGACAUCCACGUCCUGCCCAUUAGUGUCGCCAACUCUUCGCACAAUCACAUGACUGUCACCACUGAUGACAACACCAAUCAAAGCGUUAAACCCAUCAAAUCCACGCUUAAGAAGGAUAAGAAGACACGAAACAACUGUUUGCCAUCCGAUGACAACUCGACAGCCAAUCAAACAAAUGACAAACUAUUGCCCAAAAAGAGUGGAAUCGAUAAAAAUGGUCGAAAAAUACCUCCGAGUCGUCUCUUGCAAACCAAUUGUCCCGUUUGUGACAAACAAUUCAAGAAAACAUAUUUGGCCAAUCCAUUGGAUCCGAUGACUGCCGACAAGACUUUGGCCAUCGAUGGCUCGGAAAGCGAUUGCCAGACGAGUAUUGCAAUCCAAUUGCAGGUCUCGUCGAAUGACAAUCAAUUGGAUCCGACUUUUAAUUCACUUCUAAUUCCCGGCUAUUUGUUGGUCAAGAAUUGUGACGAUUCCUCCACUUAUCACUUGCAACAGACAGUUAUGCAAAUCGAAGUUCAAUCGGAUCCGCACGACAUCCACGUCCUGCCCAUCAGUGUCGCCAACUCUUCGCACAAUCAGAUGACUGUCACCACUGAUGACAACACCAAUCAAAGCGUUAAACCCAUCAAAUCCACGCUUAAGAAGGAUAAGAAGACACGAAACAACUGUUUGCCAUCCGAUGACAACUCGACAGCCAAUCAAACAAAUGACAAACUAUUGCCCAAAAAGAGUGGAAUCGAUAAAAAUGGUCGAAAAAUACCUCCGAGUCGUCUCUUGCAAACCAAUUGUCCCGUUUGUGACAAACAAUUCAAGAAAACAUAUCUUAAGGAACACAUGAAGGUUCACGACAACCACCGGCCCUAUAAGUGUCUCAUAUGUGGUAAGACAUACAGAUGGCGUACUCUUCUUCGCAACCAUAAGAAGACACACUUAAGUGAUAAUCCAUUUACGUGUCCUGUUUGUGGUCUUCGGAUGUCUUCCAAGUUUUCAGUACAACAACAUGUACUCAAAUCUCACGACAACUCAAACAAGAGUUAUGAAUGCAAUGAAUGCGAUAAAAAAUAUGUCACAAUUCAUCAGUUGAGGGCUCAUCAGAAGUAUCAUAAGACAGAUAGAACCAGGCACCGACGGAUACAUAAGGGAGAAGAGAAUAGUAUUGACGUAAGACUAAAAUGUAGUGCUUGUGGUCUGAUAUGUCACAGCAAAACACAUUAUACGGCACAUCAACGCAUACAUACAGGAGAAAAACCAUUCGUUUGCGAAACUUGUGGCAAAACAUUUCGACAGAUCGCACAACUCAAUCAGCAUAGGAUAGUGCACACAGAGCUCAGGCCCUUCUCGUGCAACCUCUGCGACCGCACCUUCAGAUGUCGAUCAAACUUACGGUUGCAUUUGGAUCACCACAACGGACAGCGCAGACAUCAAUGUACACAUUGUGACCAAAAAUUCUUUUCGUAUCCAAAUAUGUUAAAACACAUUCGACGCAAACAUUUGGGUUUACUUCCAUUUAAAUGCCUUUUAUGUGAAAAUAAGAGUUUCUGCGAAAAACAAGAGCUCGAGAGUCAUAUGAGAAUGCAUUCCGGAGAGAAGAGACCAAAGCCUAAACGCAAACGAUUACCCCUUCCGGUCCCACAAACCAAUGCCAACACAGAAUUGUAA